AUGCCUCGUCGUUGCUCCGUGAAAGGAUGUAAGAGCUACAAGGACAAGAUCAUAACAUUCAGUUUUCCGAAUGAUGUUGAAUUGAAGCAAAAAUGGAUAACAUCUAUGGAUCGUCCACAAUUUACUCCUUCAAAUUAUUCUGCAGUGUGUCUCAACCAUUUUACUCCAUCUGAUCUGGAUAAAUAUCAUCGUGUGGAUGGAUGUUCAACUAAAAUUCCACUAAAAGUUAUCAGGUUGAAAAAGGAUGCGAUUCCAUCAGUGUUCCCUGGAAAGCCACAUUACACCUACCCACAGACUCAAGAAUUGCCAUCCACUGCGAUUGAUUCAGCAACCGACAAACUGAUUCAGAGUACAUUGUAUGGGAUUCUUGAGGAAUGA